ACGUCUUUUCCGCUCAGUCUCUGGCCAGUCGUCGUGUUUGUAGCGUCGUUCUUUUAUUUCCUUUUAGUAUUUAGUCGUCGCUUUCUUUCACAUUGUUCGUGUUCGCGUUUCUUAACUCCUUAACUCUUUUUAUAAUUCCGACGAGAAGAAACUUCGAAAAAAACACGAAGGCGUCUGCUUUGAGACAUUUUAUUUAACCUAUGAAACAUCAAGGAAGAAUGGAUUAUUUUGGAACCCGGUGAAUCGUCAUAAUAAUUACGUAUAUAUAUGUGCAACGGUAAAUAAUUCGAUUAAUAAACAAAUUUAUCUGUUUCGACGAAAUAAAUGCUGGUCCGCGACAACAGUUUUUCUUUUAUUGAUUUAUCGUUUCGUUUCGGGCGACGGUGCAGUGAGCACAGAGCGUGAUAUACUAAAGUAGUCUUAGAAGCAAAUUAUACGCUUAUAAAGAAGCUCUUGAGGGUUCACCAGUACUUUUUACUUAAAAAAAAAAAGUGUUGAGCUUCAUCGGCUGUGGUUUUUCUCCAUUCGAGAAAGAAAUUAUAAAAGAUUUCGUACGUAGUUAGGUGACGUAUUAGAAGAGUGUGCAAUGAUGGCAAACGGAAUGGACACAGUACAACAAAAUGGGGGCUCGACCCUUGGCCAAACUUCACAGGAGGAAUCCAAGACAAAUUUGAUUGUAAAUUACUUGCCGCAGACAAUGACCCAGGAGGAAAUCCGGUCACUGUUCUCCAGUAUCGGCGAAGUUGAAAGCUGCAAACUCAUCAGAGAUAAACUCACUGGUCAAAGCUUAGGCUAUGGAUUUGUUAAUUACCAUCGGCCGGAAGACGCUGAUAAGGCCAUCAACACACUCAAUGGUCUUCGUCUGCAAAAUAAAACGAUCAAGGUAUCGUAUGCAAGACCAAGCAGCGAAGCGAUAAAGGGAGCAAAUUUAUAUGUGAGCGGCUUGCCAAAAAAUAUGGCACAACAAGAUCUUGAGAAUCUUUUCAGUCCUUAUGGAAGAAUUAUUACGUCUCGAAUCCUUUGUGACAACAUCACUGUACGACAGUUUGUGACUGGCGGCGGAGACAAUUUGCCCGAUAUUUGUUUGUCGGAUUUGGCAGGUCUGUCAAAAGGCGUUGGAUUCAUAAGAUUCGAUCAACGUGUGGAGGCUGAGCGCGCGAUACAAGAGCUUAAUGGGACCAUUCCCAAGGGUUCAUCGGAACCAAUUACGGUUAAAUUUGCCAACAAUCCAAGCAACAACAACAAGGCAAUCCCGCCAUUGGCAGCCUAUUUGACACCACAGGCAACUCGUCGUUUUGGCGGUCCAAUUCACCAUCCAACCGGCCGCUUCAGCACUGGCAAGGCCAUUCUUGCCAUUAACAAAGGCUUACAGAGGUACAGUCCGCUGGCAGGAGACCUUCUUGCAAAUUCAAUGCUGCCCGGAAAUGCGAUGAAUGGUUCAGGCUGGUGUAUCUUCGUCUACAAUUUGGCGCCUGAAACUGAGGAGAAUGUUCUUUGGCAAUUGUUUGGUCCAUUUGGAGCUGUACAAUCAGUGAAGGUGAUUCGCGAUCUACAAACGAAUAAAUGCAAGGGCUUUGGUUUCGUGACGAUGACCAAUUAUGAGGAAGCCGUUGUUGCAAUUCAAAGUCUCAAUGGUUACACCCUUGGCAAUCGGGUACUUCAAGUCAGCUUCAAGACAAACAAGAGCAAAGCUGCGUAGGACGAGCAAGUAAUAGCCUUCCAUCAGCAACAGCAGCAGCAGCAACACUACCAUCAUCACAAUCAUCAUCAUAAUCGACUAUUGCCAGCAUCCCUGCAGUUGCCGCCAAUUCCACCGCCAAUGCCACCACAAAUUCCACCAGCUCAUUUAUUUGCCAAAAGGAACAAUCAAGUGAGCAGCAUUAGCAAUGUCAUCCUCCAAACCGCCAAACAAUUUAAAUUAAGUCGUCAAUUGCUCCCACAACGACUUCAACAUCAUCCACCUUGUCCUCCACCACCUCCUCCUCAUUUUAAUCAUCUUCAUCACAAUCAUCAUCAUCAUCAUCCCUCUCCCUGGAUUGCUGGCCAUUCAUUACCCCGUUGGCCAUUCCAAGAACGUUUCAAGCCAAAACAACAACAACAGCCAUCGUCCUUUAUCAAUAAUAAGGACAAAACGGCCACGGCCACAACGAAAAAGAUUCAAAAAGAUAAAGCGUAAAAAAAAAUUAAAUUCUAGAGCUCUUGCUGCUUGUUGGUCAGAUAUCUUGUUACAUGUCCACUUGCACAGCUCCAAGAUCUUCUCUUAGAAAAAAAAAGCAUGGAGGAAAAAAUACAAAUGUGCUGACAAAAAUGUGUGGAUAAAAAAAAGAGAGAAGAGUAGCGCACAGAGGGAGGAUCCUGGCGUUUCGAUUUGACUGUGUCCCCGAGGAGGGAACUUCUCGCGAAACCAAAGUCACAAAAAGCGAAUGAAUGAUGAAAAGCUAAAAAAAAAAGAAAAGAAAACAGAGUCGAAGGAGAAUCGAUUUAAAUCAAGAUAUUGUAACACAGUAUGAAUGUAAAUGUAUGAAAGUGACAGAGAGAAAAAAUAGUCGAGAGAAUGUAAUGUUCUAAGUAUUAAUGUAUUUAAAAAAAAAAAAAAAAAAAAUGAGAGAAAAUGAUGCGGUCUCCAAUGAUCUUUGAAACGAUCAAGACUUGGAAAAAAAAACUUGUACUUGUAAUUAAUUAAUGGUGCAAGUUUUUUUUUUUUUUUUUUUUUUUUCUUUUGCGAUUAUGCGGGGGGUGGGAUAGUGAGAAAGAGAGCGAGAUCGGGUCCAUUACCGAUUUUUCGUAAUAGUUUCUCAAAUUUUUUUUUCGGGGCUGUAUCGAUGCAGGUAUUACUAAGUCAAAAAAAAAAAAAUCUAGAUUGUAGGGGCACACGCGACGUUAAAUCGACAGUUAGCUGAGACUCGGAGCAGGACUCGCACGGAAGACUUUCAUUUUUUUUUUAAUUAAAAAAAAAAAUUUAGACAGGCAGCUCUUUACCAAAGUUUGAAGAAGAAAAAGAAAGAGAGAGAGAGAGAUAGCUUCUUAGAAUCAUAGAUUGCGAGAAAAAAAAAAAAAAAAAAUAGGUAAAAGAAAAAUAAAGUACAUUAAGAUGUGGCGUGUACUUAAAUUUAAAUUAAAUACGCGCAAUUUUUUGCCAUUAAAUUCUAGUUUUGCAAUUAAUUGCAUAAUUAGAUUUCAAAUUGCGUAAUUAAUUAAUAAAAUAAACGUUUUACCGAGGGAUUAUGUAGCUAGGCCUCCUCCCCCCCAACUAGUCAGAAAAAUGAAACUCGACAGUUUUAUUAAUUAUUACGAUGAGUUUUAAUUACUUAAUGAUAAAUUAAUUAUAAAUGACUAUCAUCAUUAUUAGAAUUAUAUACUCUUACAAUCAAUUUCCGUUGUUUGUGCUGAUUUUUUUUGUAAAUUUUCUUUUAGCGUGUAAAAAAAUGGACAUUUUUUUUGGAGAAUUUUUUUUUUUUUCACAAAAAAAUGUUCAACAAGUGUAGAAAUUUUUUUUUUUUGAAAGAAAAAAAAAUGUCCACUCUUGCGAGUAGCUAAUUUUAGUGACUAGAUUAUAUAGAGGCUUAUGUUCUUUUCUUUUUUUUUUUUUGUUUUGUUUCGUUUUAAAAGUAGAAGCUCACCAGUCUCCGUCUAGUCCUCGUGCAAAUUGAUAUAUAUGCACGACUGUGUAUUCGAUCUCUUGUCGCGUCGCAAUUAAUGACGAUAGAUUUUAGGAUUAUGCAUCGAUUAGAUGCGCGAUUAAUUAAUUUUUUUUUUUGAGGGUAGUAUGUAGAAAGUAAAUUUAAGGCGCGAGAGGACAGUAAAAGAAAAAAAUCGUGACAAUUCUUUUUUUUAAGUCUUGAACCUCUGGAAAAAAAGUCUUAGAGUUCUCUUUACAUUUCAUAUUAUACAUAUUAUAUAUACAUAUAUAUAUAUAUACAAAAUUUCCGAUCCGAAUAUAUUUCGGAUUUUGUUUUUCAUUUGAAAACAAACAAUCAAUUUUACACGACAGAAAUUUUUUCUAGGGAUUUAAAAAUAAAUUUUAUAUUUGACUUUAAAAAAAAAAAAAAAAAAAAAAAAAAUGAAUAGAAUUUUAAUAAUAUAUUAUUCUUAUACUGAAUAAUGAAUGUUAAAUUUAAAAUUAAUUUUUAAUAAUUAAUUUUUGAUGAAUAAUGAAAUUAUAAAUUCCUGGAAAAAAAAUUUAUCUGCCUGUAUAACAAAUCUAUUUUCUAGUUUUUAAAUGAAAAAUCGGAUUUUUAUCAAUUUCACAGAUCUCUCUGCAAUCGGGCUCCGGGAUUUAUUUGCAAAACAAAAAUAUUUGCAAUAAAAGAUUUUUUUUUCAUAUAUAUAUAUAUAUAAUAUAUAAUCGACGGAUCCCGAAUGCGAGCACAUUCAGAAUUUUUCCCAGAAAAAAAAAAAAAAAUAAGAAUAUAUUUAUUAUAAUAUAUGCAUAUAUAAUUUAUAUGUGUAUACUAUCAGUGCUUUCAAAUAAACCGGGACAAAACUGUACUAUUUGAUUCAUAAAAGUUUUGACAAAAGGGCGACUUAUUCUCUUAUUAUUAUUAUUCUAUUAUUAUUAUACAUGUUUGAUUACGCGAUAUACGAUGUAUUCUUAAUUAUUAUGCGUAACUUGUGUCUAGUCUGAUGAGGGGGAGAAGGGGAGUUGUAACUCAAAAUCUAAAAACAAUUAAAUUUUUUUCUGCAUAGAGAUCAUCAACUCUUCCCUUCGCCUCCCAAUCCAAUUCCAGUAAUCGAUUUUUCUAAGACUUGAUUUUAUUUAUUUAACGCCUUUACACGUAGCUACUUUAUUAUUAUUAUUCUUAUUAUUAUUAUUGAUGUCGUCGCGUGAUCGUGUGUUAAUUAUUAUUUUUUUUUUCGUACCAAGUGACGAUUCUCACUCGAAACGCAAGCCGAACAGUGAAACGUAUCGUCGAGCAAGAGCGAUACUUAAAAUGAAAAAAAAAGACUCAAGUGCAAAUCAGAAAUAUUUAUGUUGUGUGUUUGCGUAAUUGGAAACAAAAAAGAAAAAUUCGUAAGCUCGAGUUCGUUACACCGCGGCGACCGUCAUUUAUUCUGAUUAUUGUCACUGCUAUUUGGAUAUUUUUACCGACUAGGAGAAUUUACAAUAUAUAUAUUUAUGAUGAUCAAAUAUCGCCUUCGAGUUGAUAUCCGGAAACAAUUAAUUGGUAGCAAUAUGCAGUUCUAAUUAUUUAUCUAACAAUUUACAAAUUUACUCAUUUAAAAAAGAUUAAAAAAAAAAAAAAACUAAUACUUUCUACUACUACUUACUACUACUACUACUUUACAAACUACUACUACUACUGUCGCUACUACUACCAACUAUUUAUUUAUUUAUUUAAUUAUUAUUAUAUAACAUAACAGAAAUUAUGUUUUAUUUAAGGAUUAAACUGAUUUGUGUUUGGUUCGAAAAAUUGUUUGUUUUAUUUCGAUUAUUUCAGUUAAGCCUCACCCUUAUCCUCCAAGUUCUUCCUAACUGACUCCAAAAAACUAAUUUAAUUUAAUUUUUUUUUUAGGGGAUGGAUUUUUUUUUUUUUUUUAAAUAACCUACCUCCAUCUCUUAGACUAAUACUUCUUUAUUUUUAGCUAUUUAAAUAAUCAUGUGACGUUCAUUUUAAAUGUUUUAACUUAAUUAAUUUUGAUAUUAGUUAUUAAUACUAAAAGAAAUUAAUUUAGGGAGAAAUAUAAAUAAAUUUAUAAUUUCAAUCAAUUUUUUCCCAAAAAAUUAAUUUCUUUAAGUGUAUUUUAGUUUUAAUUUAUUUAAUAAUAUUAGCUUCAAUAUUUUACUACUCGAACUAUUUUUUUUUCAUUAAAAAAAAUAACUUUUUUUUUAAGAAAACGAACAGUUUUAUUCUUCUGCAAAAAAAAAAAAAAAAAAUGGCACGUAGUCCCUCGGCAAAAAUUUUUAUAGAUUAAUAAUUUUUUUUUUUUCAUUUUCAAGGAUAUUUUAAAGGAAAUCCAGUGAGGAAAAUAAACGCACAGGAAUGCAAGCAGCGCACAAAAAUAAGAAUGGAGAAAUUUUAAUUGAGAUUAAAAGAAAAAAAAACGUGCGAGUCCUAUGCCACGAUUUUCGACCCAACUCGCUCGCAGCAAUGAUCUCACGUAUAAACAAAUUAUUAAGACAAAAAAAAAAAGGAGCCACGCUAGUCUACUCAACCGUAAUAUAUUCCAUAUGAUUAUUACGUUUAGAUAAACAUUUAUGUGUAUUGUAUUUAUGUCUCAAUAAUCGUUCUUAGUUAAAAAAAAAACCAAAAAAAUGAAAAAAAAAAGAAAAAAAUGAAAAAAACCGCGACGAUGAUGUUUAAUAAAAAAUUUGAAUUAAAAAAAAAGUGAUUCUCAAAAAGUGGCGACUGAUAAAAAAAAAUAUAAUUUCAAUGCGAUGGGGAAAAUUUUUGUUUAAUAUAAAAAAUUUUCCAGAUCGUGGAUAUUUUUCCAAAUAUUUAUUAUAUAUAUAUAUAAAUAGGAAAAGGGAAUUUCAUGAGCCACGCGCUUUUAUCAGAAGCUUAUUUACGUCUUAAUAAUAAAAAAAAAAAAAAAGUAGUACGAUAUUAUAUUUAAUUAUCACGUAUUUAUAUUAUAAUCACUAGUCGCAUUGUAUUGUAUUAAACUUAGGUAACUCGUACUACUUGCAACUCGUCGCUAGAAUUCAUUCGCAAAAACUUAUAAUAGGUUUUUGCGAAAUAUUUUACUGUUGUCACCGCGUAAUACUUCAUUAUUCUAUUUAUUAUUAUAUAAUUAUAUUCAAUUUAUAUAUUAUUACUAUAUAUUUAUUAUUAUUAUUAUCAACUAUAAUUACCGAUAUUUAAUUGAUAUUCUUCAUAUUAUAAAUUAUAUUUAUCAUUAUUAUAUAGUCGAUUUAUCAAAAAUAAUACGAUCCCAAUAUGAAAAAUCGACAGAAAAAAAAAAUGCAAAAACAAAUCUACGGUUCACGGUUACGAUAAUAUUCAUUAUUGUAUAUUUAUUGAAUUUAUGACUGGCGCAGAGUGCAGGAUACGAGAGCAAUGAAAAAAAAAAGGGGAAACAUUUAUAAUUAUUUCCCAUAUUUUUUUUUAAAACAGAAAUUUUUGGAGGGAAAACAAAAUCAUAAUUAAAAAUAGUUUAAUGAUAAAUUUAACAAAAUUCUUAUAAAAUCUCAUUUUAUGGGAAAUUUGCUGAAUUUUCAAAAAUUAAUAAUAGCCAAAAAAAAAAGAAAAGAAAAAUUGCAAAGAUUUUUGUAAAAAAAAAAAAUUGGGAAAAAAAAUUGUCGAUUUUCCCUCUUUUCUAUCUUAACAAGGUGAAAUUCGAUGGAAACUUUAUAGAAUGAGAAUAGCAAAAAGAGUGAGAUAGACACCGUAUAGUGUUGUAGAUAUAAUAAAAAAAAAAAAUAAAUAAUAAAUUUGAAAACGAGCUCGAUGCCAAUUAAUCGUUGGAUUUUUCAUUUAAAACUUAUAGCUUUAUGUAAUCGUGGGAACUCAAAGUGGUGCUGUAGACAGAAAUAUUAUUUUUCCCCCGACUCACAACACGAAACAUGGAAAAUCCAACGAUUAUUAAAUUUUCUUUUCUCCCUUUAAAAAAAAAAAUAUUUAUACCUUAAUAAUAAUUACACGGUUGAGAAAAAAAAAUAAAUUGGCAUCGUAGCUUUCGUGAAAGAGAUUUUUUUUUCGAUACGGCCCCCAUAUCGUUGAUUAUUAAUGCGUGCACAAAAAAAAGAAAUAAAUAAAAUAAAACAAAGAAAUUCGAUAAAAUGGAACAAGGAGAAAAAUAAAAUAGAAUUUUAAAGAACUGCGGAAAAAUCCGAAAAUAGGAACUGAAAAAUGAUAAUUAGGUAUUAAAAAAUAUUUUCUAAAUCUGAAUUAGUAGGAAAUUAUCUAAUAAUGUGAUAAGUUGACAAAAAAAAUAACUAAUUGUUAAUAAAAAAAAAGAUUAGUUAAUUUUCAACUGAAAUUUCAAUUCGAAAAUUAGAAUAUUUUUCAACUAAUUCAGUUAUUAGAGAGAAUAAGAGCGGAAAUUAUGAUAAAAAAAAAAAAAAAUUGUGAAAUAGAGAAAGACGGGAAAAAAACGAGAAAUAUAAAAUAAAGAAAGAAAGCUGUGAACUAAAAAUAGAAAUUAAGCGAAAAAAAAAAAUUUUUAAUUGAAGAAGGAAACGAAAAGAAAUUAAAUUGGUAAAAUAAGAAAAUCAAAACGAAGAGAUGAAAAACGAAAUCGAAAGAAAAAAAAAUAAAAUUUAAGAAAGUAAAUAGAAAAGAAAGAUAUAAAAAUUCAAGGAAGAGCCGAAAUCGGAAGAAAAAACGAAACCAAAAUCGAAAAAAAAUAAUGAAAUAAAAAAAUCGAAGGAACGAAACGAAAAGUGAAAACAAAAUUGGCUGAAGGAAAGCGGAGAGAAAAGGAAAAAAAAAUGAAAGGAUAGACUUGUACUCUAGCACAAGACGUCCGGUCGUGGAUUAAUUAAGUAACAAAAAAAAAAAAAACAGCAUAGCAGCUCUAGCUCACCGUAGGCCUAACUAAAAAGUAUUUAUGUACUAUCUAUUAACUAAUUGAAGCGUCACGGGACAGGAGCUUCGAAAUGAAGAAAACGAGCGAGAAUGAAUGAACGAGAGACUGAAAAAAAGGAUGAACGAAUAACGAGAGAAUGUCUUCGAGAAAGUUGAUUAAAAAAAAAAGAAAAUAAUAAUCCGGGGGGUCAGAAGACUAAUUUAGGUACCAGAAAUUACUCCGAUGCGAGCCACAACGAUCGACCGAAACUGAGAUUUUAAAAAAAAUAAACUAGUAAUACUCCUUUUUGAAAAGAAAAAAGUUAUGGCCAGUGAAAGAAAAUAAAUGAGAGAACGAAAAAAAGAAAGAAAAAAAAAAUAAAGAGCUUUGAGGAGAGAUAAUCUAUAAUCUUCUGUACAUGUUUUCAUUAUAUUCUAAUGAUUAAUUAUCAUACGUAUAAUAACUAUGGAUUAAUUAAUGAAUUAAUUACUUAAAUUGAUAUCUAUGAAAAAGUAACUUAAACGCGAAAAAAAAGUGGUAGCUAGUCUGUCAAUGGGUGUAUAAAUAUUUAAUUAAACAAUAUUCAUAGGCGAUACGUGAUUACAGAGACGCGACACGAUUAAAAAAAAAAAAAAUACAUAUUUCAAUUAAACAAAAAAACAAAAAAAAACGAACGUGGGAGGGGUAUUAGUAUAGUUUCGGUGGUUUUUUGAAAUACGGUCACAUUUGAAAUUCCGAAUUUCGGUUUCAUAUUUAGAAUAAUCUUGAAUGAAGUGCGGUGGCAGGAUGCGGAACCGGGAACAAAUUCCUGGUAGCGAGAUUAAAAAAAAAAAAAAAGAAAAAUAUGAAAAAUAGAAUUUGAGAUUUUUAUUCGCGAGGUCUUGAGAAUCUUAACGAUUGGACCAAGAUUUUUAAAGGUCUUUCAAAUGUUAUAGUCAACCUGUAAAUAUUUGCCCAUUUGUUCUAAGCCAAGACGCAUUUUCAACAAAAAAAAAAAAAAAAUGGGCUUUUUGCAAAAAAAGAAAAAAACAAAUAAAGAAAAAAAAGACUUAAACCACCGUUCUUUCACGGAGAGCUCACCGAGAUCGUUAAAAGUAUUAUAUUAUAUAAUCACAUUCAGAAUUAAUCACUUUAAAAAAAAAAAUAUUUGUUUCUCUAGUCUAGCUAAUUAGCAAAAAUUUUCUUGAUUGUUAAAAAAUUUGCAAAAUAUUCUCGAAAAUUUUGAAAAACAAAAAAAUUUGCCAGACUAGCUUUUUUAAAAAAAAGUUCACAAAAGCGAUUAAUUCUGAAAAUAAUAGGCCGUUUUUCUUUUCUGUACAAAAUACAAGAAGUGAAAGAAGUGGCAAAUGUUUCGAUACAUUCCGUAUUUAAGGGGACAUACUUUUGGUCAAGGUGUCGCAAGUUUUUUACUCAAAAAAAAGGAAACUCCUCUAUUCCCUUUUUUUCAAAAAAAAAAAAAAAAAAACGGAAUUUUUUUUGAGAUGAGUCUCCAAGUUUAUGACACCCUGUCAACAAAAGUUACAAAAAAAAAAAAUGGAUCAAGUUUAGAUCUAUAAAAAAAAUUUAAAAAAAAAAAAAAAAAAAAAAAAAAAAAAAUUGGGGGUUUUUUAUAAACCAGGGCAAUGAAAAUAGAAAUUAUCAGGACCGAAGUUACAAAAGCUGAACUAGAUUUUGUAAUAAAAAAAAAAAAAAAAAGUCGUUAGAAAAGAGAGAAAUAAACGGUCGUAAAAGUAACAAUAAAAAAUAAAACAAUAUCGACUGAAUUGCGUAAGGGACAAAGUACUGUGAAACAAAAAGAAGUAAAACAUAUUAUACGGUUGCAAAGAAGUAGUGUAUUUUGUGAUGGGUUUAUAUGUAAUAAUAGGCGAUAUUGUAGAAUAACGAUAACGACUUAAUAUUGACCAUUGUAGCGACUAUGGUAAGUAAGAGGAACGAAAUUACGAAUAUGUAAAGAUUAUAUUUAAAAAAAAAUAAGACUCGCGCGCCCUUCUAGAAAUUUUCGAGAAAAACUUCCCUCGGAUUUUUCUCGUUUGCGGGCAAAGUCUCGAAUAUCAAAAAACAAAAAAAAAUGGGAGAAACUUACGAGUUCUUUCGAUAAUAUACGUACAGUCCAGAGCUGCGUCUUUACUUUAAAAAAAAAAAUUUUUCUUAAUCGACUUUUUUUUAGAAAUGUCUAAUUCUUGAUGCACAUUAACUUUUAUUCUAUUUGAAUUUGUUUCGUAAACUAGAUAGUCAAGCGUGCUUCCAGUACUUUUUUUAAAAAAAAAAAAACGAUUCUUUGCAAGCACUUGAAAAAUUUCAGUAUUUAUAUCGAGAUCCUCAAUCGGGUCAAUAAUUUGCUUCCUUAAAUAUCACUCCCAUUUCUGCAAAAAAAAAAAAAGAAAGAGAAAAAUAACUUUUUUCAAAUUAAAAGGAAAAAUAAAAUUUUUUUUGUAAAGUGGGAGUGAGGGCCAGUCACUGGAAUAAAAAAAAAAAAAAAGUUCUUCCUCCAUCCGAUCUGCUACUUGGUCAGGUUUUGCACAAACUAAUAAAUAUUGUACGACAAGUGUGAUAUAUAAAAUAACUUGUAACUGAUUUUCCAUAUUUCGCCAAGCGGAAAAAAAAUAUAAGAGCGUAUAGGAGCAUAUAUAGAGGGUUUUUGGGAAGGGUAGCGAAUGUACAGUAAUUACUAGAAAAAAAAACAAUGAAAAGAAAAAAAAGAUCGUCCAAAAACUAAAUCUAAAAAAAAAAAAAUUUUUUUGCUAUUGCAAAAAGAAAAUUUAAAUUUGACGCUAUACGUCAGAUUCAUUUAAAAAAAAAAAAAAAAAAAAAAACUACCGACAAUCCACCCCGGAACUUCAUUUUAAAAAUGAAGUAAUUAUUCUAAUCGUUAAGGAUUAGGGCUACCCAGAAAAAAGUUGAAAAAAAAAUUUUUUAGAGAUAAAUUUCCUAUUAGGUUUUUCAAAAACAAAUAAAUAUUUAUUUGCCUCAAAUAAAUUUUAUUUGAUCCUAAUAGAUUUUUUUCUCGCAAUUACAAUUGAGAGAUCCAUAAUAUAUGAUAAAUUUUGAAAAAAAAAGGUUUCGCGUCCCGCCUAUAGGAAUUGUAAGAUUUUUUGAGGAUCCUCGAUUCAGAACAAAAAAAAAAAAUUGAGUUUCUGGAUUUGCUUGGAAAUAUAGAGGCCGAAACUAUAGAAGAACUCGUGCAAUUUCAUGAUAAAUGAAUAAUUAAUACCUAUUUCACUGUAAUCGUUGUUCGCUGAGCCGACGUCACACAAAACUCCAAAAUUUCUUGACACAAUACACGAAAAAAAAAUAAACAGACUGAAUGGCGAACAAAUCCGUCGUUGAAAAAAUUCUUUUUCCAGUUUUCUCGAAAACAUCAGGGUUCCAUAUUGAAAAAAUUAAAACAAAAACGAUGCUCAAUCUGCAAAAUACAAAAAUUAAUCAGAAAAAUAAAAUAAGUAAAUAAUAAAAAAAAAUUGAAUAUUUUCAAAUUUUUUUUGUAUCAUUUAAAAAAAAAAAAAAAUCUAUCAAUAAAGGAAAAAAAUCAUCAGCAAAUGAAAAUAGAAUUCAAAAAAUUAUAUUUUCAAAAUCUGAAUUUUUCCUGGAACUCUGAAUAUUCAUUGACGGACAGAAAACUGACAGACACGCACACAUAAAAAAAAAAAAAAAAAAAACACAGAACCUUUUUUAAAAACAAAAAAAAAAUCCACGCGCGCAGUAAAACACCAACAGAAGACAAAUCGAUCUCUGUAAAGAAUAAAAAAAAAAAACAGCUGCAGAGGAAACAAACGUACCUACAUUCUUACAUAAACCCGUCAUCACAUUGUUGAUAUAAAUUGCGAUCCAUGAUUAUUACUAUUUACGAUAUAAUUAUUAUCUUGCAUUGUCUAGUCAUAUGUUAUUAUUGUAUAACUAAUAUUAAUUAUUAAUUAACCUGUACUACCUAGUCGCAUUAUGUGUUGCAUACAACUAUGAAAAAUUCCAAACGCAAAAAAAAAAAAAAUACGAGAGAUAGUGCGAGAGAGAGAGAGCGAGAGAGAGAGAGAGAGAGAGAGAGAAAGUAAAGGAACAUUUUUGUAAUAACAACAAGCAAAGUGAAUUUUCGUUCCAGGAGAGAAAGUGAGAAAAAAAGAGCAGAGAGCGAAAGACAGCGCGUAAAACUCCUUCUCUGCAGAGGUAAAACGCCCAUGUUAGUCGAUUAAAAAAAAAAAAUAAAUUUCAAAUUUUAUUUGAAAAAUCGUAAACGAAUUUCCAAUUUUUCAAAUUAAAUUUCAAAUUAAAAAAGAAAAAAGGUAUUAUGUAAGAAAGAGGAAAAGAAUUUCCCAUUUUUAAGGCUCAAUUUCCAAAAAACAUGAUCGUCAAAAAAUUAAUUAUUCGAAGAGUCAAUAAUUAGAAUCAUUCCAAAUAAGUUAAUCAGAAUUAAUUAUAUUAUUAAUUAAAAAAAGAGAAAAAAAAAGACAAUCGACUGCAAAUGGGCGUGCUACACCUGUUGGAGCACCGUAGUUAAAUAUUGUCACACUAAGCACGCGCGCAUUGCAAAAAAAGUAGAGUGAAUAAAAAAAAAAAAAAAACGUCAAGCAAUGUGCUCGUGCUGAGGGAUUAAUAAAAAUAAAAAAAAAAUAAAAAAAAAAAAAAAACGAGUAUUAAAUAUAUGCGGGGGUCGUGGAGAGGAGGGAUCCUUCCUUUUGGUCGUCAGAGACAAUUUCUUCGCCCAUAAUAUCCCCGCUGGAUAAAAAAAAAUAUAUAUAUAUAUAUAUAUAUAUACGAGUACAAUCGUUGGGUUCGAUCUCUUAUUAUUAAAAUAAUAAUACUGUUUUUUCUUGAGUCUGUAAAAUUCUUAAAUGCAUUCCAGCGUUUUAAAGGAGCCAGUCUCCUUGCUCGUGCGCCGUCUCUCCUUCCUGUAACAUUUAUUGUGUUUAACAACAAGAAAAAAAGAACCUUCCUUCAUUCCCUCCCUCCCUCCCUCCCGAGGAGAGCUCGCGGGCCCUAUAUUGCAAUAUUUGUACUUUUCCAUGUUGAAACCUCGAUAUACAAUAAAUUAUAUUAAUAAACUUUA